AUGAAUGUGAAGCAGCUGCGCGAUGAUGAUCCUAAUCAUAGAAAGUUGUCGCUGCCGCCGCCAGCUGCUGCCGGAUGGCCAGUUCUCUUGCCGGUUCAACCACCUGUUCACCCCGCCAGUGCUGAACUGGAUGCAAUUCGAUCGGUGGUUUUAGACAGUGAGAAGGUUCUUGAGAAGUUGCAGAAGCAGGAGGAACGCAUGGUGCAAAAAGUAACCGAGAGAGCCAAAGAUCUGCACGGCAAGGAAUUCAAGCUCCCGUACCAGAAGCCAAUGCCUUGCAUGCCUGACUACGAAGCGUGCAGGGCGUGCUACAAGGAGCAUAUUAACGAUAUCCUUAGGUGCAGCUCUCUCACCAAGAACUAUUAUGAAUGCGUUCAGAGAGUAAAGCAGCAAGCAGGAUAUGGAGAUAAGUGA